CUGCCCCCUGCCAGGCUUAAAACACGCAGAAAGCGGCCGCUUUUUGCGCAGCGUGCCGUGACGCUGCGGAGCUCCGUGCCCAGGGAUGCUGGGGAUACUGAAGGCUUACCUGUGGUCAGGGGAACGUGAAGCGCCUUUAUGAAGUUGCUCUGAGGGUGACGAACUACAUAUAAAAACGAAAAUCUGACUCGGGAAGCGUACAAGCUGUGACUAACAAAGUUGGGGAGUACUGUGGGUGGCACGUAUGCUUCUCUCUUCACGUAGCCUUCCAUAGGCAUCUAUCUACCUUUGGCUGCAGGGAGGAAAAAUAGGCUGCUGGCCUAGGGAGCCUUCGGGCUUACCCAUUGUAGCCAAUAGUCUGUGUUUAGGUGUGCCAGGUGUUUGCUGACCGUGUAGCACAGGUAUUUUAACUUAUAUCUAAGGUGUUUGCUUCCACAAGAAACACGGGGUUUCUAUUGUAGUUACAAGCUAUCUGCUAAAAGUAUUUGCUUACUUUAUGUGAGAAGUCAUGUACUUCAGCUAGCUUUUUACAGUAAGCUCUGAUAUUUCUCUUGAUAAGUAUGUUUAUCAAGUUGCAAAGCCAGCAACAAAUGUUGACUACAGUAGUCAAUACUCGAUUUAGCUAUCCAUCAGAGAAGAUGUAUGUAUUGUUUAGUAUAGCUGAGCUUAUUCCCAGUUAGAGCUAAUGGUGUUGUGGAAGUUCAGAUAUCAACUUUAGAAACUGGAGUUUUUUUAAUGCCCUUUUCUGAGAGGGAAAAAAAAUCAGCAAAAGUUAUCAGCCGCAACUUUUUUUAACAGGCUAAAAAUGUUGAGGUACCAAUGACUGCUAGUGUGAUCUGUAUCUUUUUUCUGUGGGAAAAAGUGAGACUACCUAUUUUGGAGACUAUAGAAUGGAAAUUAAUAAAAAAAGAAAUGGAGACAAUUCUAACUGUAAGUGAAAAGGCGGAAGGGGGAAAAUGCUUGCUAAUAAAGGUAUCUUUAGUUAGAAAAUCAUUUGUGUUGGGUCAUUGUAGAGCUCAUUUCACUUACAGUUUAGAACUGAAACUGGCUUGUGAUUUCUGCAUUGUGAAGAGUAGAGAAAGCUUGGUUUGGGGGGGAGGGGAGUGCUUCUUAGGUUGGAUGUGACUCUUUGAAGACCAAAUGUUGAGGGGGAAAGCGCAAGCAGAGGCUCAUUCCAAAGUAAAUGUCCCACAUGAAAUCAGCCAUUAACUCAGUCAAGGAAGUUGCUGUAUGCCUCAAGUUAAUAAAACUGUUGAUAUGCGCUACUGUUCUUUUGCCCUGAACCCCUUUUCCUCACCCUUUUUACCUAAUAUGAUGAUGCUGUCUUCCCACCAACCCUCCACCUUCCAGGCCUCCUACUGUCGUAUCUGUUACUUGGUUUUAGUUGUACAGUAACUUUUCCUGUUUACCCUCUGUUUUUUGCAGGACUCCAGUUUUUUGCUCAAGUUCUUUUUCCAGUUCUUUUAUCUACUCCGUCCCUUUUCCCUGGAGAAAUCUUGAGGUUUCCACUGUAUCAUCACUAGAGAAUCCAAAGGUCCAAUCCCUAGCUCAGUAAAGUGACCUGCUCAAACUCUUGUUUUUACUCCAGGCGUUGGCCCUGCACUUAAGCACUCGGCAUUACUUGUCCUCUCUGAUCCAGCUGUCAGAUUUCCCACUUCAGAACAAAACCACAUUUAACAGUUAGUUCUCUGGCUCUUGGCUCCUGCCCUGCAGAAAAACUGUCCUAUGCAACCUCCUUCUCUUCUUUUGCCCUCCUCCCAGUUACUCUAGGAGCCUCAAAGUCCUUCUCCUUUGCAGUGUGGAGAUCAAAGAGAGGCUGUUAAAUAGCAGUUGCUGCUGGUUCUUCUGUGGUGCUUUGUCCCCUUCUUUUGAAUCAGUGCCGUGACAGCCUGUCAGUCAGCAUAACUUUCUGUACUUCUAUAUCAUAGUGCAAGUCUCUGUGUGAUGUGAUCCACAUAAAUCAACUUGCCAACAAAAACUUCUAGUCUGCUGCUAUGAACCAGCUACUUUUCACUCGAGUACAGAUGGUUCUGCCUCUGGAUGAAUGCUGUGUCAUAAUAGCGCAUGUGGUUUUAACUUGAAUUUCUUGUCACGUAGUAACCCUUUUUCCUUGUAGGUAUCCUCUUACGAAUUAUACGUUCGGUACAAAGGAACCCCUCUAUGAGAAGGACAGCUCAGUGGCAGCUCGGUUUCAACGCAUGAGGGAAGAAUUUGACAAGAUUGGCAUGAGGCGGACAGUGGAAGGGGUUCUGAUUGUGCACGAGCACAGGCUGCCCCAUGUGUUGUUACUGCAGCUGGGUACAACUUUUUUCAAGCUACCUGGUGGUGAACUCAAUCCAGGGGAAGAUGAGGUAGAAGGGCUCAAACGCUUAAUGACAGAGAUACUGGGGCGCCAAGAUGGUGUUCAGCAAGACUGGGUAAUUGAUGACUGCAUUGGUAACUGGUGGAGACCAAACUUUGAACCUCCACAGUAUCCCUAUAUCCCAGCUCAUAUUACAAAACCAAAAGAGCACAAAAAGCUUUUCUUGGUCCAGCUUCAAGAAAAGGCUUUGUUUGCAGUCCCCAAAAAUUAUAAGCUAGUAGCCGCGCCGUUGUUUGAGCUCUAUGACAACGCACCAGGAUAUGGACCCAUAAUUUCCAGCCUUCCUCAACUUCUGAGCAGGUUCAACUUUAUUUACAACUGAAUUCCCAUAUACCUGAGGAGUGUGAUAGAAGAAGCCGUCUCUGUGAGCACAGCUUUAAAAAUGUAGAGAAAAGAAUACGUGUGACGCAAGGAUUUUUUUAUGUCGUUCUUUUCCUGAAGGCCACUAAACUUUCUAUUGUAUGAAUAGAGAAGUGAAUCUCAACUGUUUAGAUAGUGGGAUGGCAGUGUGAUAUCAGUGUUUUAAUCACUUUUCAUUGUAAUACUCACCAAAUUUUUUUUGUACAACAUUAAACAAAAUGGAUCAGAUUC